CGCUGCCCUGAGUCGUGUCCGAUCCGUGUUGCUCAUACUGCUUGUUCAACAUGUCUCGUCCCCUGGGUCUUUGCUCGGCCCGCGAACACCGCACGUCUCGGUGACUCGCGGAUAAUGCGCCGAUCACAAAGGUAUUCUGAUACAUUGUCCACUACUCGUUCACCAUCAGCCGCGGGUGCAGUGACAGGCACAGGGUGUUUUACGGCAUUUGUUAUUGCACUUGCACAUGAGGAUAUAUUAGUUUCCCCAUCCGGUAAAGAUCUGUGCAAGACGCUGGGCUUUCCCAGUGCGUACACGGUCCUGACGGCUCAGCAACUUGAUGUGAGAUACGUUCAAUGGACUUGCUCGUGUAAGUGAGAAUCCUCUUUAGCAACUCAGAUUAGAUUCUCGUCCUAUGUCGCCCAUAACAACC